AUGAUUGCGCUGGCAAGUGGCGCUGUUUUCGCAAUCAGUGGUUGUGCCGACUUGCGGUCUUAUUGCCGACGUACGUCGCAUGGCAGUACGGUGCACGCGAUUUGCCCCGAAACGUGCGGCUUAUGUACGGCGCCGUGCGCAGAUGAUGACGCCCGCGCGAUCGCUCUUGCAAGUGGCGCUGGUCAGGCGAUCUGUGGUUGUGCCGACUUGCAGUGUCAUUGCCAACGCAUGUCGCAUGGCAGCACCGUGCAGGCGAUUUGCCCCGCAACGUGCGGCACAUGCACGGCGCAAGGCCAGAAGCUGGCCGAUGAGAAAGGUCCCAGCGCUCACGGACUCGUCGUUUGGAUCAAAGAGCUGACAGCGCCCCCAAUGAGCAAACGUAACUGGAUCGACGAGCCGAGGGCGGUGGCCCCCCCGACAAGUGCCCCCGCGGCAGAGGCCAGGCAGAAGUCGGAGGAGUUCAGCACUUCGGGCGCCGAUUUGUUUUGCCCGUAA